AUGCCUCGAGUAUUCUUUGUUACCGGAAGCUCAGCCGGGCUCGGGGAAGCUCUGGUAAAGGAAAUCCUGGAUAACGGCGACUAUGUCAUUGCAACUGCCCGCAAGCCUGAAGUUUUGAUCUUUGACAAAGCCACAUCCACCAACUUCCUCGCCGUUCAACUCGAUCUGCUAGAUUCCAACAGCGUCUUGACCGCAUACCUCACCGGUGUAGCCAAGUUUGGUCGCAUUGACGUGGUCGUUAACAACGGGGGCUAUGGGUUGAGCGGGCCCUUUGAAGAUCUAACCGAUGAAGACAUCCAACGACAAAUGGACGUCAAUUUCACCGGUGCAGUUGUUUCCACUCGUGCUGCCAUUAAGGUUAUGAGGGAACAGAGUCCUCCAGGAGGCAUCAUUCAGCAAAUCACCAGUAUCGGUGGUCGCAUCGGGAUGCCAUACAUGUGCAUGUACAGUGCCUCCAAGUUUGCGCUCGAGGGAUUCACCGAAGCUGUGUCGCAGGAAAUGGACCCGAAGUGGGGAAUCAAGUUUACUUGUGUUGAACCAGGUGGUUUCAGGACGGACUUCUUCGCCCGAUCGAUGGUAUACACUAAUUCUACAUCUUCGGUGUAUGAUCUGGCCGCUGUUAGUGCUCAGAUCAAGGAAAUCGAGAAAUCCCAACGCGGUGAUCCUCCAAAGGGGGCAAAGGCACUCUAUCAUCUGGCAACCUCGGAGAAUCCUCCCAAAAAGACGGUCUUGGGAAGUGAUGCCUAUGAAUGGUUGAAUCAACAUAUGACGGCUGAGCAUGAAGACCUGCUUCGCAAUGAGUCCCUGGCGCGUAGCACCGAUAUUGAUGAUUAA